AAAGAAACUUUUAUAUAGACAAAGGUUUGUCUCCGUCUUUAAAAUCCUUCAACUUCUCCUGUCAUGGGGAAAAUUGUGACCCUUCUUCACUCCAACACUCCCACUUUCACUUCACUCAUGGCUGAACCAAAUCCAAAUGCCAAGCCUCAGUUUCAUUUUACCGUCUUCAUGUUCACUACUUUUCUAUGCUUCUUUCACGGCAAGUCAUCUCAAUUUGGCCUAUACAACAAUGGGCUCUGGCUCAAUGAAGACGAUAAUGAAGUUAACAUGGCCCAAACCAGGAGUCAAACUUCCAGGAGUUGUGAUUAUACGGCUGGUAAAUGGGUUUAUGAUCCCUCUUAUCCACUUUAUGACACCAGUUGCCCGUAUCUUAGUACUGCUGUAAGCUGCCAGAAAAACGGACGUCCCGAUUCUGAGUAUCAGAAAUGGAAAUGGAAGCCGAAUUCUUGCUCAAUUCCAAGAUUUGAUGCGCUGAAAUUUCUGGCAAAGAUGAGAAGGAAAAGGAUAAUGCUGGUGGGUGACUCAAUAAUGAGGAACCAGUGGGAAUCUCUAGUCUGCUUAGUGCAGGGAGUUAUUCCAACCGGGCGGAAGAAGGUUACGUAUAAUGGGAUUUCCAUGGCCUUCCAUGCCUUGGAUUUUGAUACCUCGAUUGAGUUUUGUUGGGCUCCACUCCUAGUAGAAUUGAACAAAGGACCUGAAAACAAGAGAAUCCUUCAUUUAGAUUUGAUUGAGGAGAAUGCGAGAUAUUGGAGAGGGGUUGACAUUCUUGUGUUUGAUUCAGCUCAUUGGUGGACACACCCUGACAAGAAGUCGUGGGACUUUUACAUGGAGGGGCAGUCAUUCUUCAGAAACAUGAAUCAAAUGGUUGCUUAUCAAAAAGGACUAACUACAUGGGCAAAAUGGGUGGAUCUAAAUCUCGAUCCUCGUCAAACCAGAGUCAUUUUCCGAAGCAUGUCACCUAGGCAUAACAGGGAAAAUGGUUGGAAAUGCUACAAUCAGAAGACACCUUUGCCCUCUUUUAGUCACCAACAUGUUCCGGAACCACUGAUAGUACUAAAAGAGGUGUUGAGAAGAAUGAGAUUUCCAGUAUAUUUGCAAGAUAUUACCACAAUCUCAGCUUUCCGUAGAGAUGGGCAUCCCUCUGUGUACCGAAGGGUGAUAAAUCAGGAACAGAGGCAGCACCCCACAGACUUCUCCUCCGACUGCAGCCACUGGUGCCUUCCUGGAGUGCCUGAUAUCUGGAAUGAGAUGUUAAGUGCAAUACUCUAAGUGAAAAAUCCAAAACUUGGUAGAAUAACCAUUCUACAAAACUUUUAGACUUCGUCUCGGUUGUCCUAGAGUCUGUAAAAUAAGUUAUGGUCUGUUUUGUGUGUUUUACAAAGAUUUUAUCAGAGGCUGAAUGAUAUGUGUGGGUGGAUUACCCUUGCCACAAA